UAAAACUGUCAUAGGUUUGGCCUAAUGUCACACGAACAUUUUGUUUAUUAUUUUCAUCUUGACACUCGCAACCGGCAUUUCACAAUUAUUUGUCCAUCGUGCCUACGAUGGAUGCAGGAGAGAAUUAUUUGAUAUCAAAGGCGAAACUGUCGCAAUCUACAGAUCCGUUUGCUGCAAAAGCUUGGAUUUUAACAGCGAAAACUCUGUAUCCCAAUAACUUCGGAGUGCAGUUCGAAGCGUAUCUGAUCGAAAAGUCGGCAAACAAUUACGAAGAAGCAGCGAAAUGUCUCAGCUACAUAGUGAUGACAUUCCAAAACCAACCACCCGAAUUGUGGACAGAGGUGACUCAAUUAACUUCUGCAUUGCGAAUACUCGAAGGUGGCACCACGCCGGAACAGGAGUUUUAUGUAAAAAUGUUCCAGCACAUUUCGUACGAAGUGCAGCACAAAAUCCUUUUGCUAACAGUCAAUCAUUCCGACAAUAAUUUGGAUCAUUGCAAGUUAAUGCUGUUGUUGCUGAAACGGUUUCCGCAGACUAUACAAACACACUCGCCUCGUCUCCUCGAUACUAUCAUGCUGGGCAUCACCAACAAUCACAGUCAAUUCCGUGAAAUUCUGAUAGUGGAAGCCCUGCCACUGAUAAAUGCAAACCCGCCGGAACUGCCAAGUAGUUUGGUUAAUCGAAUAAUGGCCAUAUGCUUCGAGUACUACAUCAGUCAAAUGUUCAAAGAUACACCCGAUGCAACGUCCAUCAACGACUAUUGGACGAAAAUCUUUGAGGCAAUGGAACUGUGUGGACGGAUUCUGAAGUGGGAACCAUUCUUGCCGUACAAUCGAAAUGUGAGCAAGGACAUCUACUGGCAACGGCUAAUUCUUAUCGUAUCAUCGACGCCGCCCAGACCAUCGGAGAAUAAACAAAUCUUAUUUUGCGCGACCAUAUUGUUUGUCAUGGCGUUGCAGGAGUACAUGAAAAGUGUGAAGACGAAGGUGGAUGAUUUUGAGUUGGAAUAUGCGCUUGUCGAAGGAUUUAAAGUAGACAACGAUUCCAAGCGACGCAAAGCGGAUGCACUGCACGAACCUCCCAAAAUAACUGUUGUUUAUCCGUGCAACAAAGAAACGCCCAUCUGCUUCGUUACAGCUUCGCAAUGCUGGCAAUUAAUGCAUUCGAACGAGGUGCUGCAAGUAGAUUUCGGCCAAUUGCUGAUGAAUCUACCCAUGCAGGUGAAGUCUUGGCUGAACCGAUUUUUAGUCGAUCUGGCUGUGUAUUUGGGACGCGGCGAUGAAGCGCUCAACAUAUUGAAAGACACCAAGCUAUCGAAUUUGGAGAAAAAUUUACGUAAUUUGAGUCUGACCGUAUCUCAGCCAACGUUUAAUAUCCAAGCGUUUGAUUUUCUGAUGAAAAUUUUGGGCGAUAUGCCGAAAUACAGUGGACAGUGGGUGAAAAAUUUGUCAGUCAAUUGCCCGGGUCGGCAUUUGGUGGUGUUGCCGAUGAGUCGUCGGGCCAUCAUUCAGUAUUGUACGAAAAUAUUGGUGACUGCAAUGAAGCAAAAAGUUAUGACCGAUCCUACAUGUACCGAUUCAUUACUCGGUAAUUUACUGGUUUUACUGCAAUUAGAUUGGCCGGAGGAACAGCAACUGGCCGAAUACAUAUUCAACAUCAUCCAAACGAAGGGCCAUUUCAUUUAUCUACAGUUCACCAAUUACAUCAUUUGCGUCGACAUGAUCGAAGAGUUCAUGAGCAUGUGGUAUUCACAUGGCGGCGAAGUGCAUUUGGAAUUUUCGCCGACGCAGGCCAGUUUGCCAUCGAAACGCAUCGGAACGAGAGGCGCCGACAAAGGUGUUAAGGACGAUUUCAAACAGAUAAUCAAACAGCAAAUACUGAAGUGUAACGAUGACAUUGAAUCGCUGAUUCAGCAUUUUAUUACGCAGGAACAUAUGCGACUUGUGCAGAAUAUUUUUGAAAAAUAAAAA